GAUGGUCAGAGGGGAGGGACCUCUGGCUUUCUCAUCCAAUGGGUUUUGUACAGGCGGCAAAGAGAGGACACGAGGAGUAUGCAAUUGAGAUUUGGUUAGUACUAUUUGGAAUCCUUGGGAUGUUCCUACCCUUACCAUUUAAAAUGUCAAUUUCAAUGGGGUAGGGACAUCCCAAGGACCUUGAAUAGCACGGACCAUUGAGAUUUUCCCACAAACACACCUCUAUUCCCUUCCCUGAUGGACAGAUAGUGUAGUCGUUGUGCUGUCAUUCAGUCUGUGACUUGUUGUAACAAUGUGUUACCUGGUUCUAUUCAUUCUCCUCUGCUCUGGAACUCUCCUGUCUAUUACGCUCAUAGACUACUACCAACACCAAAGAGAUGGGUUCCUGGACUCUGUUCAGAAGGGGUUGCAGUGUAGGAGACUGAGAAAGAGACUGGUGACCAUGAGUACUAUAAAAAAAGUGGACAUUGCCCUGUUCUCUCAGGAUGUGAGAGAGCUGAUGGACUGUCCUUGGAGACUCAACCUCACACACAGAGAACUAUACAGGACAGAGUUGUGGUCGUGCUGUAAUGCAUCUGAUAGGCUGAUGGUGACCAGACAGAACACCAAUCUGAACCAGAGUCUGUCCUAUGAGAUACACAGGUGGAAGAAGAGAAAGGUGGAUCAAGCACUAUGGGAGAUGCUGCCUCAGACUGUACCCUGGAGUAAAGGUUCAUUGAGUCGUUGUGCCGUGGUGGGAAGUGGAGGAAUCCUGCAGAACAGCAGCUGUGGAGCGGAAAUAGACAAUGCUGACUAUGUCAUCAGGUUUAACCUGGCUCCUAUCAACAAGAGUUGUGACGUGGGAGUGAAAACAGACCUCGUAACAGCCAACCCUAGCCAGAUCAUUAAAGGGUACACUGACCUCCAGCAGAACCCUGGACACCUGGCAGAAGUCCUUUCAUUCUAUGGUCACGCCCAUCUGCUUCUCCCCGCCUUCUCGUCUGCCUCUGGGACAGCCCCCUGCUUCAAGGUGUACCAUGCCCUCCGUAAGGCCCGCCCCCAACAAGAAGUGGUGUUCUUCCACCCAGACUACCUGUUUGAGCUGGGCAGGUUCUGGCGUCACCGCGGGCAGCGAGCCCGACGGCUCUCUACUGGUCUGAUGCUGGCCAGCACUGCUUUGGAGAUCUGUGAACAGGUUCAUCUGUACGGCUUCUGGCCCUUCCCUCUGGAUCUAUCCCACAAUUCUUUGCCCCAUCAUUACUAUGACAACGUGGGUCCGAACCGCAAAAUGCACGCAAUGCCUGAAGAGUUCCUGCUGUUACUACAACUCCACAGCAAGGGGGCGCUACAGCUACAUGUUGGACCCUGUACACUGACCCCUACACACUAACCUAUACAACCUUAGUUACUAUAAUUCCACAACCAGGGGGCGCUACAGCUACAUCCCUGUUGAUAGCCCCUUGUGCAGAGAUAGGCAACAGAAGGCUACCACACUAACUUGUAUUCACACCCUGAUCCCUCAGUCUCUGUGGUGAGACAAUACUGUGAACACAAUUUAAGAUUGAAUUUGGACCACAACUUAAUAGAGUUAACAGUUUAGAACACGACCUAAUUCAGCGUUACCCAAACUUGGCCCUGGGCACCUCAAGGGGUGCACAUUUUGGUUUUUGCCCUGGCACUACACAGCUGAUUUAAAAAUAAUCAACUCAUCAAGCUUUGAUUAUUUUAAUCAGCUGUGCACCUCAUGAGUUACCCAAGACGGAGUUUGGGAAACGCUGACUUAACUGUUUUAGAACUAAAAAGACCAAAUAGUUUGGAACCUGACCUAAAUCAUGACUGGUCAAUUGUUCCUUUACCAGUUUUAUGUUUCCAGAUAAAUGUCAAAAUAAAGAGAUGAGGAGAGUGA